AUGAGCCUGGAGCCCCCCAAGGCAGAGAUCCGGUCGGCCACCAGGGUGACUGGGGGGCCGGUCACCCCCAGGAAGGGGCCCCCUAAAUUUAAGCAGCGGCAAACCAGGCAGUUCAAGAGCAAACCGCCCAAGAAAGGUGUCCAGGGGUUUGGAGAUGACAUCCCUGGGAUGGAAGGCCUCGGUACAGACAUCACGGUCAUCUGCCCCUGGGAAGCCUUUAACCACCUGGAGCUGCACGAGCUGGCCCAAUACGGAAUCAUCUAGUGGACACCGCCAGUCCCGCC